UCAGAACAUCUGGAAAAUUCCAUUGUCUGUGUCCUCCCUAUGAUGCUCUAAGGAAGUGUGGAGUUCAGACCCACUGGUAGGAGGGGAAGCAACGGACUCCUUAUUCCUUUUUUUACAAAAGGUCCAACUAGAACAUACAAUAUGAAUGACAUGGAUUGCUCAUCUCCAGAGAUCCCCAAAAGUGACUCGAUACAUCACAUGAGCCGCUGCCAGAUGCGGCCCGAGCUGCCCCCUCUGCCUGCUUCUGCGAACGAGGAGCCGUCUGAAGUCUAUCAGACGGUCAUGUCACACAGCUUUUACCCCCCCUUGAUGCAACGCACAUCGUGGACCCUGGCUGCACCCUUCAAAGAGCAGCACCGCCAUCGUGGACCCAGCGAUUGCAUUGCCAACAAUUACUCCUUGAGAGCUCAGGACCUGAAGCUGAAGGACCUGCUGAAGGUCUACCAGCCAGUCACCAUCAAUGUCCCUCGGAAAAGGGUCAUUCAGGAGUUCCCAUCAGGUAUCUCUGGCAGCAUGGGCUCAGCAGAGCCUGAGAAGAAGAAAAUGAAGUCCCUCCAAAUAGACAAAACGGAUCAUACCAGGACCAAAUCCGCCCACAAGACCUUGACCUCCUCAUCCAGGAAGAAGGAGGUGAUGACCUGUGAGACCCCCCCAGGAAGCAGACCAGCGAGCCCAGAAGAGCAGAUUAACAUGAUGUUACAGAAGGAGAUGGAAAUAGAAAGUAAAGAAGCCAAGCCAUCCAAAUCAGACUUGGAGAGAUAUGAUUAUUACUUGACCCAUGGAAUCCGAAAAGACAUGAUUGCCCCCGAGGAGGAUGAAGUGAUGGUUCGGAUUUCGAAGCUGAUUCCUAGCACUCUGCUGAUGAGUCCCUUCCUGGAACCCCUGGUGAACACCCUCAUGGAGGAGAAGGAAAGUUACUAUUACAACAGCCUCAUGAAAAGCAUCGUUGAUUACAUCCUCAUGGACCCAGAGGAGAAGAAGAGGCUCUUCAUCGAGAGCACCCCCCGCCUGUUCCCACAGAGAGCCAUCCGGGCGCCUGUGCCCUGGCACGGGGCCUACAAGAGUGCCAAGAAGUGGAACGAGGAGCACCUGCACACGGUGAACCCCAUGGUGCUCAUCCUGGAGCAGCUGUGGUUUGAAGAGUUCAGAGACCUCAGGUUUGUUCGAACAGCAGAAUUACUGGCAGGGAAACUGCCUCUGCAGCCCCAGGAAUAUCAGGAUGUGAUCUGGAAGCACUGCGUGGAAGCACGCCAAGUCCUGCUCAGCAAGUGGAUCCCCACCUGUGCUCAGCUUUUUGUCUCCCAGAAGGAGCAGUGGAUCCAUUUUGCUCCCAGGAGUGACUACGACUCCUCCAGGAACAUCGAGGAAUUUUUUGCUUCUAUUGCAUCAUUCAUGUCACUCCAGCUCAGAGAGUUGGUCAUUAAGUCUCUUGAGGAUCUCAUCUCCUUUUUCAUGAUACACAAGGAUGGGAAUGACUUUGAAGAGCCCUACCAAGAGAUGGAGUUCUUUAUUCCUCAGCUAAUCAUGAUCAAACUUGAAGUCAGUGAGCCCAUUAUUACCUUCAAUCCAUCUUUUGAUGAUUGCUGGGAGUUAAUACACAACUCUUUCUUGGAAAUUAUUGAAAACUCUAAGAGGAUCCCCAAGGUGGAAUCUUUCCUGUUCCCAGAGCUAAAAGGAUAUAACCUGGUUCUUGGAACCGUUAACCCUGAAGAAAAGCUGGUUUCUGACUACGUGGAUCAGGCUUUCCAGGUCUUUCAGAAAAACCAAGUCGGCCCCCACAAAUACUUAAAUGUCUACAGAAGGUAUGACGACUUAUUGGACAACACGGCAGAGCAGAGCAUCACUGCAUUCCUGAAAGAAAAUCAUGAAAUUGAUGACUUUGUGACGAAGAUCAAUAGCAUAAAAAAGCGGAAAAACGAAAUUGCAUCCAUGCACAUUUCCGUGCCGUUGGCCAUGUUCUGCCUUGACACCAUGACCCUCAAUUACGACCUCUGUGAGCGAGCCCAGAACCUGAAAGACCGCCUGAUUCAGUACCAAGUGGAUGUGAACCGGGACACCAAUGCCAGCAUUUGCCACCAGUACAGCAGCAUCGCAGAGAAAGUUAGCGAGAUCCCUGCCAACACCGAGGAGCUGGUGUCCCUCAUCGCGUUCCUCAAGAAAUCCAGCGACGUCACUGUGUUCAAGCUCAGGAGGCAGCUGAGGGAUGCGGCCGAGCGGCUGGAGUUCCUGAUGGACUUCGCAGACUUGCCCCACCAGAUCGAAGAUGUCUUUGAAAACAGUCGAAACCUGCUCAUGAGCAAGAGGGACCAGGCGGAGGUGGACCUCUUUAAAAGGUGCUUAGAAUUUGAGUCGAAACUUGAGGGCUACAACAAGGAACUAGAAGGCUUUAGAAAACGUGAAGUGAUGUCUACGGAAGAAAUGAAGAACAAUGUUGAAAAGCUUAACGAGCUUUCCAAGAACCUUGAUCAGGCGCUGGUGGAAUUUGAGUUGAUCAAUAAGGAGGAGGAGCUGUUGGGAAAGGAGAAGAGUACCUUCCCUCUUCUGCAAACCGUGAUGACCCACAAAGUACCCUACGAACAGCUGUGGGUGACGACCUAUGAGUUCAGCAUCAAGUCAGAGGAGUGGAUGAACGGGCCCCUCUUUGGGCUGAACGCUGAGGAGAUUGCGGAGGAAGUAGGGAAUAUGUGGAGGACGAUGUACAAAUUGACCAAGACCUUAGCUGACAUACCUGCACCCAGACGCUUGGCCGAGAACGUGAGGAUGAAGAUUGACAAGUUCAAGCAGCACAUCCCUAUUCUCAACAUUUCCUGUAACCCAGGAAUGAAGGAGCGGCACUGGCAACAGAUUAGUGAGCUUGUCGGCUGUGAAAUAAAGCCCACGGAGACAACAUGCCUGGCCAAUAUGCUGGAAUAUGGAUUCAACAAAUUCAUUGACAAACUGGAGCCCAUUGGAGCCACCGCCAGCAAAGAAUACUCCCUGGAGAAAAACUUGGAGAAGAUGAAGUCGGAAUGGGUCAACAUGGCAUUCAGCUUCUCGAAGUACAGGGACACGGACAUGAGCAUCCUGUGUGCCGUGGAUGACAUUCAGCUACUCCUCGACGACCACGUGAUAAAGACACAGACCAUGUGCGGCUCCCCCUUCAUCAGGCCAAUAGAAGCCGAGUGCCGGAAGUGGGAAGAAAAGCUAGUCCGCGUGCAGGACAUUUUGGAUGCUUGGUUGAAAUGCCAAGCCACCUGGCUGUACCUGGAACCGAUCUUCAGCUCCGAGGACAUCACAGCCCAGAUGCCAGAAGAGGGCAGGAAGUUUGCCAUCGUGGACGGUUACUGGAAAUCCCUCAUGUCCCAAGCGGUGAAGGAUCCCAGGGUCCUGAUGGCGGCCGACCAGCCCCGCAUGGCUGAGAAGCUCCAAGAAGCCAACACGCUGCUGGAGGACAUCCAGAGGGGGCUGAACGAUUACUUGGAGAAGAAGAGGCUGUUUUUCCCCAGGUUCUUCUUCCUGUCGAACGACGAGCUGCUGGAGAUCCUGUCGGAGACCAAGGACCCGCUCCGCGUGCAGCCGCACCUGAAGAAGUGCUUCGAGGGCAUCGCCAGGCUGGAGUUCACCGACGACUUGGAGAUCGUGGGCAUGAUCAGCUCGGAGAAGGAGACCGUCCCCUUCAAGCAGAUCAUCUACCCGGCUCACGCCAAGGGCAUGGUGGAGAAGUGGCUGCAGCAGGUGGAGCUGAUGAUGCUGGCCAGCAUGCGGGAAGUCAUCCGACUGGGGAUUGAGGCGUACGCAGAGGUCUCCCGUGACCAGUGGGUCCUGCAGUGGCCGGGCCAGGUGGUCAUCUGCGUCUCCUCCAUCUUCUGGACCCAGGAGGUGUCUGUGGCCCUGGAGGAAAGGACUCUGCCGGACUUCCUGAAGAAGAGCAAUGACCAGAUCGCACAGAUCGUCCAGCUGGUGCGAGGGAAGCUGAGCAGCGGGGCUCGCCUCACCCUCGGGGCCCUCACGGUCAUCGACGUCCACGCUCGGGACGUGGUGGCCAAGUUAUCUGAGGACAAAGUGUGCGACCUGCAUGACUUCCAGUGGAUCUCCCAGCUGCGCUACUACUGGCGGGCGAUGGACGUGCAGGUGCAGAUGAUCACCACCGAGGCCCUGUACGGCUACGAGUACCUGGGGAACAGCCCCCGGCUGGUGAUCACGCCCCUCACCGACCGCUGCUACAGGACGCUGAUGGGGGCUCUGAAGCUGAAUCUUGGGGGAGCCCCAGAAGGUCCGGCUGGGACAGGCAAGACAGAGACCACCAAAGACCUGGCCAAGGCUUUGGCCAAGCAGUGUGUGGUCUUCAACUGCUCAGACGGCCUGGAUUAUAAAGCCAUGGGGAAGUUCUUCAAAGGGCUGGCCCAGGCCGGAGCGUGGGCCUGCUUUGACGAGUUCAAUAGAAUUGAGGUGGAGGUGCUGUCGGUGGUGGCACAGCAGAUCCUCAGCAUUCAGCAAGCCAUUAUGCGGAAGCUGAAGAUGUUCAUCUUCGAAGGCACGGAGCUCUCCCUCAACCCAACCUGCGCGGUCUUCAUCACCAUGAACCCCGGGUACGCGGGCAGGGCGGAGCUGCCCGACAACCUUAAGGCCUUGUUCCGGACAGUGGCCAUGAUGGUGCCGGACUACGCCCUCAUUGGAGAGAUCUCGCUCUACUCCAUGGGGUUUCUGGACUCCAGAAGCCUCGCCCAGAAGAUCGUGGCCACCUACCGCCUGUGCUCGGAGCAGCUCUCCUCGCAGCACCACUACGACUACGGCAUGCGCGCAGUCAAGUCUGUGCUCACCGCCGCCGGCAACCUCAAGCUCAAGUACCCGGAGGAGAACGAGAGCAUCCUGCUGCUCCGGGCCCUGCUGGAUGUCAACCUGGCCAAGUUCUUGGCUCAGGAUGUCCCUCUGUUCCAGGGAAUUAUAUCGGAUUUGUUCCCUGGAGUCGUGCUUCCGGAGUCAGAUUACCAAGUGUUUAUGGAAGUGCUGAAUGAGAACAUCAGAAAGAUGAAACUCCAGCCAGUGCCGUGGUUUAUUGGGAAAAUUAUCCAGAUCUAUGAGAUGAUGCUGGUGAGACACGGCUACAUGAUUGUUGGAGGCCCCAUGGGGGGCAAGACCUGUGCUUAUAAAGUGCUGGCUGCAGCUCUGGGUGACUUACAAAAAGCCAACCAGAUGGGGGAGUUUGCUGUGGAGUACAAGGUCAUCAACCCCAAGGCCAUCACCAUGGGGCAGCUGUACGGGUGCUUCGACCAAGUGAGCCACGAGUGGACCGACGGCGUCCUCGCCAACGCAUUCCGGGAGCAGGCAUCUUCCCUGUCUGAUGAUCGCAAGUGGAUCAUAUUCGAUGGGCCCGUAGAUGCCGUUUGGAUUGAAAACAUGAACACUGUUCUGGAUGACAACAAAAAGCUGUGUUUAAUGAGUGGAGAGAUCAUACAGAUGAGCUCCAAGAUGAGUCUGAUCUUCGAGCCUGCCGACCUGGAGCAGGCCUCGCCAGCCACCGUGAGCAGGUGCGGCAUGAUCUACAUGGAGCCCCACCAGCUGGGCUGGAAGCCCCUGAAGGACUCCUACAUGGACACCCUGCCCUCCACUCUCACUGAGGAGCACAAGGAGCUGGUCAAUGACAUGUUCAUGUGGCUUGUCCAGCCCUGCCUGGAAUUCAUUCGCCUCCAGUGUAAAUUUGUGGUCCAAACAUCUCCCACCCACCUUGCCUUCUCCAUGAUGAGACUGUACUCCUCUCUGCUUGAUGAAAUCAGGGACAUAAAGGAAGACGAAAGCGAAGGCUCUGAAGGCCUGACGAGCCAGCAGACCUUCCUUUGGCUGCAAGGCCUGUUUCUCUUCGCCCUGGUGUGGACCGUGGCCGGCACCAUCAACACGGACAGCAGGAAGAAGUUUGAUCUGUUUUUCCGUAACCUGAUCAUGGGCAUGGAUGACAGCAGCCCCAGGCCCAAAAGUGUCAAGCUCACCAAAAACAACAUCUUUCCAGAGAAAGGGAGCGUCUAUGACUUCUAUUUCCUCAAGCAAGGCAGUGGGCACUGGUACGCGUGGACCGAGUAUGUCACCAAGGAGGAGGAGAGCAUCCCAGCCAACGCAAAGGUCUCAGAACUCAUCAUCCCCACCGUGGAGACAGCCCGGCAGACCUUCUUCCUGAAAACCUACCUGGACCAUGAGGUUCCAGUGCUAUUUGUGGGACCCACAGGCACCGGCAAAUCAGCCAUCACCAACAACUUCCUGCUCCACCUUCCCAAAAAUACCUACCUGCCCAACUGCCUCAAUUUUUCUGCCAGGACCUCAGCCUAUCAGACCCAGGACAUCAUCAUGUCCAAGCUGGAUCGGCGGCGGAAGGGCCUCUUCGGGCCCCCCAUCGGGAAGAAGGCAGUGGUGUUUGUGGAUGACCUCAACAUGCCAGCCAAAGAGGUGUACGGGGCCCAGCCCCCCAUUGAGCUCCUGCGGCAAUGGUUGGACCACGGUCACUGGUUUGACAAGAAAGACACAAACAAGCUGGACAUCGUGGACGUGCUGCUGGUGACAGCCAUGGGGCCCCCCGGGGGAGGAAGAAAUGACAUUACUGGGCGAUUCACCCGCCACCUGAAUGUCAUUUCCAUCAACGCCUUUGAGGAUGACAUUUUAACCAAGAUUUUUAGCUCCAUUGCUAACUGGCACUUUGGGAAAGGAUUUGACGUGAUCUUCUUAAGGUAUGGGAAGAUGCUGGUCCAGGCCACUAUGACGAUUUACAAAGCUGCCGUGGAGAACUUCCUGCCCACUCCCUCCAAGUCACAUUACGUCUUUAACCUGCGGGACUUCUCCCGGGUGAUCCAAGGGGUGCUGCUCUGUCCUCACUCCCACAUGCAGGAGGUAGAGAAGCUUAUCCGGCUUUGGAUUCAUGAGGUCUAUCGGGUUUUCUAUGACCGGCUGAUUGACGAUGAGGACAGACAGGUCUUCUUCAACUUGGUGAAGGAAACCACCUCGAAUUGCUUCAAGCAAACCAUGGAGAAGGUUCUCAUCCACCUGUCACCCACUGGAAAGAUCGUCGAUGAUAAUAUCCAUAGCCUCUUUUUUGGAGAUUACUUCAAACCGGAUAGUGACCCCAAAAUCUAUGAUGAGAUCACGGACCUGAAACAGCUCACGGUGGUCAUGGAGUACUACCUAGAUGAGUUCAACAACAUCAGCAAGGCCCCCAUGUCCUUGGUCAUGUUCAGAUUCGCCAUUGAGCACAUCUCCAGGAUCUGCAGGGUCCUGAAGCAGGACAAAGGCCACUUGCUCCUGGUGGGCAUCGGGGGCAGCGGGCGGCAGAGUGCCAGCAAAUUGUCCACCUUCAUGAACUCGUACGAGCUGUACCAGAUCGAGAUCACGAAGAGCUACUCAAACCUCGACUGGCGGGAGGACCUGAAGAAGGUCAUGCUGCAGGCCGGCGUGGCCACCAAGCGCACCGUGUUCCUCUUCGCUGACACCCAGGUCAAGGACGAGUCCUUUGUCGAGGACAUCAACAUGCUUCUGAACACGGGCGACGUGCCCAACAUCUUCCCUGCGGACGAGAAGGCCGACCUUGUCGAGAAGAUGCAAACAGCAGCCAGGACAGCCGGCGAGAAGAUUGACGUCACCCCUCUGUCUAUGUAUAACUUCUUUAUUGAGCGGGGGACUAAUAAAGUCUGUUUCUCAUUAGCCAUGAGCCCAAUUGGGGAUGCCUUUCGGAACCGCCUAAGAAUGUUCCCUUCACUCAUCAAUUGCUGCACAAUUGAUUGGUUCCAGUCCUGGCCCACAGAUGCCCUGGAGUUGGUGGCUAACAAAUUUCUGGAAGAUGUGGAACUUAAUGACAAUGUUCGGAGACAGGUCGUCUUCAUGUGCAAAUACUUCCAGGAGAGUGUGAAGGAGCUGUCACUCGACUACUACAACACGCUUCGCAGACACAAUUACGUCACCCCCACCUCCUACCUUGAGCUGAUCCUAACCUUUAAGACCCUCUUAAAUAGCAAGAGGCAAGAGGUUGACAUGAUAAGGAACCGCUACCUGACAGGCCUGCAGAAACUCCAGUUUGCAGCUUCCCAGGUGGCUGUCAUGCAAGUGGAGCUGACGGCACUCCAACCCCAGCUCAUCCAGACGUCCGAGGAGACCGCCAACAUGAUGGUGAGGAUCGAAGAGGAGACCAUAGAAGCCGAUGCCAAGAAGCUCCUGGUGCAGGCGGAUGAAAAGGAAGCCAACGCCGCUGCCUCCGUUGCUCAGGGCAUCAAGGACGAGUGUGAGGGGGACCUGGCCGAGGCCAUGCCAGCACUGGAGGCCGCACUGGCUGCGCUCGACACCCUGAACCCAGCGGACAUCUCCAUGGUGAAGUCCAUGCAGAACCCGCCCGGCCCCGUCAAGCUGGUCAUGGAGAGCAUCUGUGUCAUGAAAGGGCUGAAACCUGAGAGGAAGCCGGACCCCAGUGGCACGGGCAAAAUGAUAGAAGAUUACUGGGGGGUAUCAAGAAAGGUUCUUGGCGACCUGAAGUUCCUGGAGAGCCUUAAGACGUACGACAAAGACAACAUCCCCCCAAUGAUCAUGAAACGGAUCCGGGAGAGAUUUAUCGACCACCCCGAUUUCCAGCCGGCCGUCAUUAAAAACGUGUCAUCUGCCUGUGAGGGUCUGUGCAAGUGGGUGAGAGCCAUGGAGGUGUACGACCGCGUGACCAAGGUGGUCGCUCCCAAGCGGGAGCGGCUGAGGGAGGCAGAGGGGAAGCUGGACAUCCAGAUGCAGAAGCUGAACCUGAAGAGAGCAGAGCUGAAGCUGGUGGAGGACCGCCUCCAGGCCCUGAACGAUGAGUUUGAGGAGAUGAACAUCAAGAAGAUGACCUUGGAAGAAAACAUUGAUAUCUGCUCCCAAAAGCUCGUCAGGGCAGAAAAGCUCAUCAGCGGUCUUGGGGGAGAGAAGGAGCGGUGGACAGAGGCUGCCCGGCAGCUGGGGAUCCGCUAUACUAAUCUGACGGGGGACGUGCUGGUGUCUGCGGGGACGGUGGCUUACCUGGGGGCCUUUACCGUGGAUUAUCGGGCCAAGUGCCAAAAUCAGUGGCUGGCCCAGUGUAGCAAGAGGGUCAUCCCCGGCUCCAGUGACUUCAGCCUCAGCAACACGUUGGGGGAUCCCAUCAAAACCCGGGCCUGGCAGAUCGCCGGGCUGCCUGUCGAUUCCUUCUCCAUCGACAACGGCAUCAUUGUGUCCAAUUCCAGGCGCUGGGCCCUGAUGAUUGACCCUCAGGGGCAGGCCAACAAGUGGAUCAAGAACAUGGAGAAAGUGAACAAGCUGUCUGUCAUCAAGUUCUCGGACAGCAACUAUGUGAGGACACUGGAGAAUGCCCUGCAGUUUGGCACCCCUGUCCUCCUAGAGAACGUGGGGGCAGAGCUGGAUGCCUUCAUUGAGCCCAUCCUGCUCAAGUCCACAUUCAGGCAGCAAGGGGUCGAGUACAUGAGGCUGGGUGAAAACAUCAUCGAAUACUCCAAGGACUUCAAGCUGUACAUCACCACCCGCCUGAGGAACCCACAUUACCUCCCUGAAGUCGCUGUGAAAGUCUGCCUCCUCAACUUCAUGAUCACCCCCCUGGGCCUCCAGGAUCAGCUGCUUGGCAUCGUGGCUGCCAAGGAGAAGCCAGAACUGGAAGAGAAGAAGAACAAGUUGAUUGUGGAAAGUGCCAAGAACAAGAAGCAGUUAAAGGAAAUUGAAGACAGGAUCCUAGAGAUCCUCUCCUUGUCUGAGGGCAACAUCCUUGAGGAUGAGACUGCCAUCAAUGUUCUGUCCUCCUCCAAGGAGCUGUCUGAAGAGAUCUCCGAGAAACAGGAAAUUGCUUCGGUGACAGAAACGCAGAUUGACCAGACUCGGAUGGGCUACAAGCCGGUGGCUGUCCACUCUGCCACCAUCUUCUUUUGUAUCUCUGACCUGGCCAACAUCGAGCCGAUGUACCAGUACUCCCUGACAUGGUUCAUCAACCUCUACAUGCAGUCGCUGGUGCACAGCAAGAAGAGCGACGAGCUGGACCUGCGCAUUGAGUACAUCAUUGAGUACUUCACCCUCAGCAUCUACAACAAUAUCUGCCGCUCUCUGUUUGAGAAGGACAAGCUGGUUUUCUCCCUCCUCCUGACCAUUGGCAUCUUGAAGGAGAAAAAGCUAAUUAACGAGGAAAUUUGGUACUUUCUCCUCACUGGCGGCGUGGCCCUGGACAACCCCUUCCCCAACCCAGUUUCCGAAUGGCUGUCUGAGAAAGCGUGGGCCGAAGUGGUUCGUGCAUCCUCGUUGUCAGGAUUGAAAGGCCUGAUGGAACAUUUGGAAGAAAAUGCUGAUAAAUGGAAGUUCAUCUAUGACUCAGCAUAUCCCCACGAGGAGAAGUUCCCUGGCAUUUGGAAGUUCCUUCAAGGGCUGGAGAGGAUGGUGAUCCUGCGAUGUUUGCGACCCGACAAGAUGAUCCCGGCCACCCGGGAGUUCAUUGCUGAGCACAUGGGCAACGUGUACAUUGAAACCCCGACAUUUGACCUCCAGGGGUCCUACAAUGACUCCAGCUGCUGCACGCCCCUGAUUUUCGUGCUGUCUCCCGGCGCAGACCCGAUGGCAGGCCUGCUGAAGUUUGCGGAGGAUCUUGACAUGGGAGGCACCAAAACACAGAUCAUAUCCCUCGGCCAAGGCCAAGGCCCUAUUGCGGCCAAAAUGAUCAACAUCGCCAUCAAAGAGGGGACCUGGGUGGUCUUGCAGAACUGCCACCUGGCCACGAGCUGGAUGCCUGCCCUGGAGAAGAUCUGUGAGGAGGUGAUCAUCCCUGAGAACACCAAUGUCAGCUUCAGACUCUGGCUGACCAGCUACCCCUCCGAGAAGUUCCCAGUCAGCAUCCUGCAGAACGGGAUCAAAAUGACCAACGAGCCUCCCAAAGGGCUGCGGGCCAACCUCCUGCGCUCCUACCUCAACGACCCCAUCUCCGACCCCGUCUUCUUCCAAAGCUGCACGAAGGCCGAGAUGUGGCAGAAGCUGCUGUUUGGCCUCUGCUUCUUCCACGCCAUUGUUCAGGAGCGGCGGAACUUCGGGCCGCUCGGCUGGAACAUCCCUUACGAGUUCAACGAGUCGGACCUGAGGAUCAGCGUGCGACAGGUCCAGAUGUUCCUGAACGACUACAAGGACGUGCCUUUCGAUGCUCUGACCUACCUGACAGGGGAGUGCAACUAUGGAGGCAGAGUGACCGAUGACAAAGACAGGCGUCUCCUGCUGUCCCUGCUGUCCACCUUCUACUGCAAGGACAUCGAGCAGGACCACUACUACGUCGCCCCCGGAGACAUUUACUACAUCCCCCCCCACGGCUCCUACCAGUCCUACAUCGAGUACCUCAGGAACCUUCCCAUCACAGCCCACCCAGGGGUGUUCGGCCUCCAUGAGAACGCUGACAUCACCAAGGACAACCAGGAGACCAACCAGCUGUUUCAGGGGGUGCUGCUGACGCUCCCCAGACAGGCGGGCGCGAGCGGCAAGUCUCCUCAGGAAGUGAUUGAGGAGCUCACCCAGGACAUACUCUGCAAACUCCCCAAGGACUUUAACUUGGAAGUCGUCAUGAAGCUGUACCCUGUGGUCUAUGAGGAGUCCAUGAACACCGUCCUGAGGCAGGAGCUCAUCAGGUUCAACAGGUUGACCAAAGUGAUCCGGAAGAGCCUCAUCAGCCUGGUCCGCGCCAUCAAAGGGCAGGUCCUGAUGUCCUCGGAGCUGGAGGACGUCUUCAACAGCAUGCUCAUCGGCAAAGUGCCGGCCAUGUGGAUGGCCAAGUCCUACCCGUCGCUGAAGCCGCUGGGCGGCUAUGUGGCCGACUUGCUGGCCCGCCUGACCUUCUUCCAGGACUGGAUCUCCAGCGGGCCCCCUGUGGUCUUUUGGAUCUCCGGGUUCUACUUCACACAGUCGUUUCUGACGGGGGUCUCCCAGAACUAUGCCCGGAAGUACACCAUCCCCAUCGACCACAUUGGAUUUGAGUUUGAGGUGACCACACAAGAAGCCACCAUGGGGAGCAGCCCGGCAGACGGGGCCUACAUUAAAGGGCUCUUCCUAGAAGGCGCUCGCUGGGACAGGAGCACUCAGCAGAUCGAGGAGUCUCUCCCCAAAAUCCUCUAUGACCCACUGCCCAUCAUUUGGCUGAAGCCUGGGAAAAGUGCAGCGUUUCUGCACCAGGACAUAUACGAGUGUCCAGUCUAUAAAACAAGUGCCCGGAGGGGCACCCUGUCCACCACGGGCCACUCUACCAACUACGUCCUCUCCAUCGAACUGCCCACGGACAGGCCCCAGAAGCACUGGAUAAACCGCGGGGUGGCCUCCCUGUGCCAGCUGGAUAACUGAGGCAUCUGUCUUGACACAGAAAUAAAGGGCACUCAUUCUUCA